GUAACUCAGUAACUCUUGGCAGCUGCGAGUUGUGUUGUUCACUCGGAGUUUGUGAAUUCGUGUGUGUUGUGUGGAUAACAGAGAGCUGUUCAUCAGAAGAAGGAGCGAAAGGAGAUUUUUUUUGUUGUUGUACGGAAUAAACCUCACCUGUUGGGACCGGGACUGGUUGUGUGUGUAUGUAUAUGUAUAAAGUGUAUAGAGUAAAGUGUUUGUGUGCGCGUGCGCGCCUGAAUGGCCCUGGAGUGUGAGGAGUGGACACACACCGGCCAUGUGGAUGCAGUGACACACACGCUCAGGGAGGCCAUGUCUGUGCAGGAGCUGUACGAGGAUGAAGAAGCUCGGGAGUCGGACCGAGACAGCGCCAUCGAGAGCGCUGCGGGAUCUGAGCUCUCAGAUGGAGGAAGAGGAGGAGACAAAGAGGAAGGACUCUUACCUGGGCAAAAGAGUGGAGAGCUGAGCCUGAACCCGUCUGUGACCUCUGACCUUUCGACACGCUCACUAAACGAGGAGCAGUUUGAGGAUUAUGGAGAGGGAGAUGAGGUCGACUACAGUCCUAUCAGCCCCGAGGAUGAGUCCCACACUAAUGGGUUCUCCGACCUCGGGUCUUCCGUACCUUCCAGUGCAACUCACACACCACAGAAGGUGAGACAGGUGAACGGUGAUCAUGAAGUGUUUUGCUCAAGCUGCUGCAGAAAAGUCGCUCAGCUCAACGAACUCGAAAACCGGCUCAAGAACUUCAAAGCAAACAGCCCAAACAGGAAAAUUUCCAGUACAGCAUUUGGCAGGCAGCUGCUCCACCACAGUAAUCUCAGCAGUAGGAACGGCAGCACAGAGGACCUGUUCAGAGACGGCAGCAUUGAUUAUUGUGACACUGACUUCGCUGACAAGGUGAAUCAGUUGGAGAAGAAGCUGUGUGAGCUGGAGAAUGAGUGUCUGAUGAACGGCGAUGUGAAAUCCAAACUCAAACAGGAGAACACGCACCUAGUGCACAGGGUACAUGAGCUGGAGGAACAGCUGAAGGAACAGGAGGCGCAAGCCGAGCACAUCAUGGAUGAUGAGCUGCGGAGACACCGAGAAGCCUUCAACAAACUGGAGCGAGAUAAGAACACACAGAUCGAGAUACUCAAUAAUCGGAUGCAGCAGUUGGAGGUGGAGAACAUGGAGAUGCUGGUCAGCGUGAGCAGGCUGAAAACACAGACGGAGAAGCUUGACGAGGAGAAGCAGCGGAUGACGGAUAAGCUGGAAGACACGAGUCUCCGUCUGAAAGAUGAAAUGGAUUUGUACAAGAAGAUGAUGGACAAACUGAGACAGAACCGGAACGACUAUCAGAGAGAGAGAGAGGCCAUGCAGGAGCUGAUUGAGGAACUACGGAGAGAGCUCGAGCACUUGCAGCUCUACAAGCUGGAGGUGGAACGCGUGGGGCGGAUCCGAAGGUCGUCCAUCAGCCUAUCAGAAUUCACCACACGGACUAGAGAGAGCGAACUGGAACAGGAAAUGAAGAGGCUCAAACAGGAGAACCAGAGACUCCGUGAACAAAACGAAGAGCUCAAUGGUCAGAUCAUCAGUCUGAGCCUCCAUGAAGCCAAGAACCUGAUUGCCACACAAACGAAAGCUCAGUCCCUGGCUGCAGAAAUCGAGAAUGCCUCACGUGACCAGUUAAUGGAUGCCCUGAAGGAGCAGGAGGAGAUCAACAUCCGUCUCAGGCAGUACAUGGACAAGAUUAUAUUAUCCAUCCUCGACCACAACCCUUCCAUCUUGGAGAUUAAGUACUGAAAACAAGCUCUUGGUAUUUACAACUAAAAACUGUAUGCUUAUCGCCCCCUGCUGCCCUGGAGGAGGAACUGCAUUCUUUUGAAAGAAUUUGAACUUCCUGGUGUGAAGCGUGUUCUUCGUGUUCCCUUUGUGAGAUUUCAGGACCUCCAGGAGUUAUUCAUCAUCGGUACUGUAUACGACGGAUUGAGGGAAUAGUCACUGGAAUGGCAGGAUGAAGAAUUAAGAACUGUAAGAAUUGAGAACUGUAAUGGUCUUUUUCUGUAUGUUAUUUUUGUACUAAGUGCUCAUCUCAGAGCUGAUGAUUUGGGAUAGAUUUUGGUGUUAAGUAAGUCGAUCAGAGGGAAAUACGAGUCUGAGAAAGUGUCCGAGAGGGGAACCGGAAGUGUGAGAUGAAAAAUUAAUUGUUUAAUAAAACACAUCCUGAUAUUGCCGUGGCCGGUUUGAGGGGCAGAGCUUAACUUAAAUCCUAUCUGCCAGUAACUGACUUAAUUGUGGCUGUGAUACAGGUGCGACACUGGUAACCCUGCUAAUACCUCAAAUACCUCAAUAGUUCUCUAGCUAUCAUUAGGCUGACUCCGAGCAAAGCAGUGUUUUUGUUGAUGUGACCAAAUCACAUUUGUGAUUGGCUGAUCAGAUUGAACUUGUGCUCUGUCCCUUUUGACCCAGAAUUUCCAUUCACUCAGUGUAAUCAGGACAUUACAUAGGCAUGAGCUGAUAUUACAUUUCCACCUGCUAUUAUCACAAUAUUUCUACCUGUUCUCAUUGGCUUCCAUUUGGAUUAUAUUACUCCAAAAUAAGGGCUUUUAGAAGAUUUCAGAAUAAUACAGACUUUAUCAGGAGCACAACAGCUUCCCCCCAAAAAAAUGCUGUCUACCUAGAAAUGAUUCACUAAUAAUAUUGCACACCCUCAUUAUCAUGGUAUAUGGCAUAACUGAUUACCAGUACCUGGUAAGAGCAGCAUCUGAAUGAUGACUCUGCUUUAUGAAUGUGCGUGUGUUAUGAUUCCUCGUCAUAUCAUCACAAGUGCUUCCUGUUUUUAAGCUGUUGCAAAGAAUGCUGUUGGAGCAGACAUCUGCAUCAUCAUAAUCAGGGUCUUUAUGUCAGAAGUGUUUUUUCAUUUGCAGCAUUCCCUCAUUUUAUUUUUACUCUAAUGCUAAUUCAUCUGUUGUGUAAAUUAGUUCUAAAUUGAAUAACGAAGCACCAGUCCGAUUUAGGGUGAAAGGAACUUUGUGUACAUUUCAUUUUUAGCCAAAGUUUCACAUUUAAUUACAUUCAGGACAGGUUACUUACAUAUCUAUGGCAGGUAACGGCUCAGUAUCGGGACUAGUGCAUCACUAAAAUUGGUUUGUAAUGAUUUUGGUGGCUGGGUCAGUUUUGAUGAUCUGCUACACACCUGUUUUUGUUUCCCCACUAUUUUUUUUUAUUAUUAUUUUUUUUUUUUUUUGCAAGGUAGAAUUGUCACAUACACUGAGCAAAUUUACCUUUGCACUAUGAACACAAACAUUAUUAUCAUUUAUUAUUAUUAUUAUUAUUAUUAUUAUUAUUAUUAAAUUUAUUAUUUUUUUUUUUUUACAAGUUCUUUCAAGUGUUUGUGCCUCUUAUAAAGCAACCCCACUGACAGACCUGCUGAUUGUUUCUGUCUUGCACCUUUUUGAAUCAUGUUACAUUUCAGCACAAUUUAUAAGCAACCUGUAAAUACUGUAUAGGUAACUAUAAUGCCCACUCAUUUUCUAUACCACUCAAGUUACUACUUUCAACUUUUUCUACACCUGUGUUGUAUAGUUUAGCUUUCACUUUUUUUUCCACAAAAUAUCUUCUAGCUCUGAAAGCAAUAUUUGUAUCACUACUUUAGCGACAGAAGCCGAAUGCUAGCUGGGGUUAAAGCAGGAGUCAUGUGUUGACCAGGCUACCAUGGCUUAUGACGUCCACUUUUACCCUCUUUAAUCCUUUGCUAAUCAAAUUUCAGUCAUUCUGACUGUUGAUUUUACACUUUUCUAUAGAUAUUUCAUACACAGGAACAUUUUAAAUGCCUCAGAUUAGCACCUUGUUAAUUUAUUAGUGUAAACUGGAGUAUUGUUACAUGUUUUCUGGUCUUCAGUUAAAAAAAAAUAAAUAAAUAAAAAAUCCAAAUGGGAUAUACUGUGCCGUCCUGAACAUGGCUGAACGACUCAAUGUUAGCAUGUUGAAGAUGAGUAGAAUAUAACUUUGGCUAGAAAUGUUGGCAAUAAAAGAUAAAUUCAGUCUGUGGUUUCUUUGUACUAAUUUUUUUUUUAAUGAUCCAUCAAGUGAUAUAAUUUUACAUUUUCAGGAAACUAUUGCACAACUGACAUAGACUAGCAUACCUGUGGCACUUAGAUUUAUUUAUAUGUAUAUAUGUUAGCUGAGUAGCAUUAAUAUUAUUUAGUGUAAUUAAUGUCCCUAGUUGUUUUAUAUGCUCUUAUUUAAAUCUGGAUUUAAAAAAAAAAAAAAAAUCAUCAAAAUAGAAUAAAUUACCUAGUGUAUUUGAAACACAACUAUAAAAUAUGUAUCAAUGUAAUCUCAAGAAAACAGAAUCCACCUGACCUAUUUAGAAAGAUCACGUGAUGUUAGAGCCAAUCACAUGAAGAAACUAAUUAAUUAGGUAAUGAGGUUAACUAAAUUAUUUCACACAUUGAGCUGGGUUUAACGGUCAAAUGUACUCGUUUUAUUGACUGUUAAUCGCCUUUUAAAACUAAAGUUAUUUAUGGAGAAAGUAUAUUCAAAUAGUUGUGUAGUUAAUACUAGUGUAUACACAAUGAAGAGUUAAAAAUCAAUUUAAACAAAAAGAAAAACAAUGCAAGUGUCUACGACCGGUAAGGCGUCAUAAAAAGAGUCGAUUCUGUGACUCUAGGCUUUCUAGAGUUCAAUCCAACGCGGCGAGUCGAUUCUUAAGUGAUUCGUUUCACAGAUGCUGUAAAUCGAGAAACUGGAAGUCUGGAAGGGUGUCAUGUUGGAGAAAGUAGAGAACAAAGCAAAAUGUAAAGGAGGAGGGGGGAAUGCGUUGGAAAUAUGCCAAAAAUAACGACGCAUGUAUUCAAGGAUUCAAAAGCUAAAGACUCAAACAAGCUGACUGGAGAAUCAGGUUGAUUGCAUAAAAUGCCCCAAACCUUAUCCAAGUGUAGGUGUCGAUCACAUGUUUUCACCUCAACACCAAAAGCUGGUGAAAGACUUCAGGACAAAGCGAGAAUAUGGUGCAACCGAAAUCGGUUUAAGCAGAAAAGGAAGACUGAUAAAGCGGAUUUUGUUCCAGUUCAGACAAAGACCGCUCAUGUUCCUCAAGAAGAGGACUGGGAGCAGGAGAUCGAAGAGAUCUCGCGCAGGACGGAGAAGGGGAAAGAAAUGAGCAAUAAGACACCCUAUGAUGCUGAGGAAGAGCUGGAAGUAGCGCUGUGCGAGAUGAGCCUGUACUCCGUUCCCCACGCUCCGAGACCACACCAGCAGCACUACGACCCCUCCACACAUCACACCCCUCCCGUCAAAUGGAUCCACCGCAUCUCCUGCAUCGAGACUGGCCAGUUCGCCGACGCCAAGGAGUAAACGGAUCCUUCCCAUGAUUCCAGCGGUAAAAGAGACCAGAGGGAGGGGCUGAGCCUGGGUGGGAGGAGAAAUGGCUUGUCCUUAUAGUUUAGCCAAAUUAAUUAUUGUUAGGUUAAUAAAUUAAUAACUGUUAGGUUCUAACUAUUUUAGAAAUGCAUUAAAAUUAUUCAUUUGAGUUCUAGUGUGUUUUUCUUUAUUUAAAGUAAUCAUUGGAUGUUCAUUUCUGAAUUUACUGAUUUAGAAAUACUCUGUAUUGGUCAAAAAUAUCUUUUACAUGUAGAAUUCAGUGCACUUGGCUCAGAGAUAUUUAAGUUAAGCUGUUUGGUUUUAGGGGGAACUACUUGAAGCACAGAAAAUAAAUGAUUUAAAGUGAAUUUUUUCACUUAAGGAAAGUUGUUUUGAGAUGCUUUAUCAAGUCAUUGAGAUGCUUGAUCAAGUUUUUAUCAUAUCUGUACACACACACAGAGCUGGAUGAAAUGUCUGGCGUGUAAGUCAGUGAACAAAACCUCAUACAUUAAACAUGUAGAUCCAUUAUACACACCUACUAGUUAUUACAGUAAAUACUGUACUGUUUGUUGAUAUCCAUAACUAACCAUGUAAACUAGAAUUCCUAGCCUAAUUUGAAUAAAAUGACUCCUGUAGUGGAUAAGUA